AUGAAUUUAACAGCAGUCUUGGGUGGCAUCCAUCUCUUCCUUUUUCUUUUUUCUCUCUCCACCUAUGCCUUCUCCUUUUUUUCUCUCUCCAUCUAUGCCUUCUUUUUUUUUCUUUCUCUCCACCUCCUCCUCUUCUCUCCACCUCCUCCUUCUCUUCCUCUCCUCCUCCUCCUUCUCUUCCUCUCCUCCUCCUCCUUCUCUUCAUCCUCUCCACCUCUUCUUCCUCUUUCAGUCACCACCUCUUCUUUCUCUUCAUCUCUUCUUCCCUCUCUCUCAUCUCCCCCUCUCUCUCCAUCUCUUCCCCCCCCUCUCUCUUUUCAUUCAUUUCUUUUCCUUUGGCUGGCUUCUGCCUACACCCCCCCCACCACCAUCAUUCUGUCUUCAGGGACUGAUGGAUCACAAGCACUGCCAUCUUCUUUACUUUCUUUUUCUUUCUCUCUUUUCCUUGACUUAAUUUUUUUAUUUUACUCUUUCAACUCCCCCUUUCCUUCUUUUUUUUUUUUCCUUACUUUUUUUUUCUUCCUCCACAUUUCUUCCUGCUCCUUUUUUUUUCCUCUCUUCAUUUCUUCCUGUUCUUUAUCCACUCUCUCUAUCCACUCCGGUUCUUUUUUUUUCCUCACCCUCCAUCUUUUCCUAUUUUUUUCUCACCCUCUGUCUUUUCCUCCUUCUUCCUCACCUUCCAUCUCUUCCUCCUUCUUCCUCACCUUCCAUCUCUUCCUCCUUCACCUUACCUUCUAUCUCUUCCUUCUUCUUUCUCCACCUCACCAUCUCUUCCUUCUUCUUUCUCCACCUCACCAUCUCUUCCUUCUUCUUUCUCCACCUCACCAUCUCUUCCUUCUUCUUUCUCCACCUCACCAUCUCUUCCUUCUUCUUUCUCCUAUCCUUCCAUCUCUUCCUCCUUCUUUUUCCUCCCCCUCCAUCUCCUCCUCCUUUCUCCUCUCUCCCCAUUUCCUCCUCCACCUUUUUCUUUCCUUCCUAUUUUUCUUUGGGUUUUUUUUUUUUUUCUUUUUUGGCUCUCAUCCCAACUUUAUCAUUUUCUUCCCCAACUUUGUUAAUCUUUUCUUCCAAUAA